AGGAGGAGAGUGGCAGAGUCCCCCCUGUCCUUUGAAGAAGCUUCCCGCCAUGCAGAGAGCACCUACGGCCACUUGGCACCAGCCCAAAAGGAACUCAUUAUAAUCACUUUCCAUGGGGCUGUCAACCUGCCCCCUCAGAGGAAUGGCUCCAAACCUUUGCCCUUUGCGAUAGCGAAAACCACCUCACAGGAAGAAAAACACCAGGAGUCUACAGCUGUCACCUCAACUACCUGGGAACCCACCAAAUGUCCCACUUGGGAGACAACAGUCAAGUUGGAGAUCCAAUCUGAAGAUGUAGGUCAUGAAGAAGUGAUCCUGAGGGUGCUUGACAGCAGAACCAGAGAUUUGCUAGCUUCCUACCGGAUACCCAUUAAGUACCUCCGCCCUUUCCACCCCUACCAUUUUGAGCUAGUGUCGGCUCACAAGUCUGGUUUAGCCAAAUUGUAUGCUUCAAUCACUCGGGAGAGCAGUUUCAUGCCCCGAUACAUUGGAUGCACUCACACAGCCUUAGAGGUCUUUCUUCAUGGGGUCAAUGAGCCCCUUGCCAACCCCUAUGGUCCUAUCAUAGCAGUUGCCCGUGUCAUUCCCAACUACAAGGAGUUCAAGGAGACUAUGUUGAGCAAAGAGACUUUAUCUAUGGGACUGCCUAUGAGAACUGUCAACUUUCCAAACCCCUCAGUGUUGGCUUUUGAUGUUCCUCCAAACAACAAUCAGGGAUACCCUCAGGUAUCUAAGCCUGGUGGGCCCGCCAGACAGCCUAAAUGGAAUACCUCCUUCCUCUACCAAGCCCGGAAUGGAUGCACACAGUUCAAUGAAGAUCUGGCCCUGGUGCUAGAGUUUUAUCCCGUGACUCCAAUGCCCAAGAAAGAAUCUUGGAACCUUACAGAGCCCUUGGGCAUCUCUGUGUUGCCGCUCAACGACCGAGUUUACCGAAAAAUGAUGUCAGGAACACCGCCUGCGCUGCAUGUGAAGAAACUCCCCAUCUUGAAAACUAAGCUGAAAACGAUUUCAGGUGAAACGCCCACUGUUAACCUUUCUUUCCAAGUGCUUUCCUCAGAGAGGCCGGACAACUUUAUGACUCCCAACAAUUGCACAGACAUUCCUGUCCUGAACCCUACACUCCUAGAUGCAGAACUUGGCACCAUCCGUGAAUCAUGGUCCAAGGAAUUUCCAAGCCCAGAGUCAGAGGCUGAACCAGAACCAGAGCCAGAGCCAGAGUCAGAGCCAGAGCUAGAGCUAGUGACAGAGUUACAACCAAGGCCUGAGCCCAAACCAGGCUUUGUGGACAAGUGCCUUUCUGUGCCCUCACUGGAAGAAGUAAGACCUCGAGAGCUUCUGCAGCAAACACUGGAAGAUUUCAGCCCACGUUGGCCACAUCAGAAGGUUAUGCACAAGAUCCAAUCAAAGUCCCAGCCCUUCAAGGUGUGGCCCCAUGAAGAGAUAGAUGAGUACUCCCACCUGCCUGAUGGGAAGGUGCAUCUGUAUAGCAGUUUUUAUUAUUCGGAACCCUCAGACAGCCAAGAAAAUCAGUGUGAGGUGGGAGAGAAGCCCAAACAAUCAGAUACAUCAUUAACUGUCUGGAGAGAGGCGAGCAACUACCAGAAAGCCAUGACAAAGAUGGCCAGCGACAUCCUGGUCCUGCGUCGGCAAGUGACCACACUGGAGGCAGAAAACAAUUCCCUUCGGCAACAGGUGACCACACAGGAGCAGAUGGGUCAUGCCUCUGCGGAAGAUGAAGAGAUGAUAGCAAAUAUGAAGCAAAGACUUUCCCAUAGCACCACGGAAAUGAGGAGGCUGAAGGAUAGGGUGCAGCAGCUGCAGAAUGAGUUAAUUCGGAAGAACGAUCGGGAGAAGGACUUGUUGCUAAUACAACAGUCUCACCAGCAACAGCAGCAAAACUUGAAGAGAUGCCAGGACAAGCUGCAGAAAAUGAAGGGCCUGGAGCAAACUGUGAAGAACCAGGAGAAGGUGAUUCAAACAAUGGAAAAGAUCUUGGAGGACAAGGUAAAUCGACCAUCCAGGGAAAGGUCUGACACUCUAUCAUCACCACUGGGGCGGCCUCUGGGAAAGCACAUGGGCCCCAUGGGGGAGAGUGUGCCCUUUGACUUUUACUCCAUAUUGCUGGCCGAGAACGCAAGGCUACGGAGUGAGUUGGAUAAAAACCGCCACCAGUCUUCCCCCAUCAUCCUGCAGCAGCAAGCCCUACCGGGGUGUAAUGGGAUUGCAAUAGUGUGGUUCCCUUAUUGGCCAUAUUUGUGCUUUUGCCAACAGGACUUCCUGUCCGGCACCUCAGACAAAGUCAAUCUUAUGGCCAAAUUGGAGAGCGCUCAAAAUCGUAUUCGGAAUUUGGAGAGCGAGUUGGAAGAUUCAGCUCGGCGCUGGGGACGAGAAAAGCAAGACCUGACUUCGAAACUGAUGGAACAAGACCAUGGCUUUAUACUUGGCUCCAGUCCUAUGUUGACAGAACACCAAAGGAGUCCUACGGACCGUACGACUUUCAAGAAGCCGCAAAAACCGGAUCCGUUAUCGCUCCAUCCAGAGCUUGACCCGAAAAGGCCAACGAAAAUAGAAGGGAAGCCUCCCCAACAGCACCACAGAAACAGGCCUCCCUUUGCAUUCCUCUCCUGGAAUCACAUCCUUAACAACUUUAUUAAAUGCAUAAAUCUUGUCACUGCCUUCCUAGGCCUCCCUCCUAGAACCCCAGCCCAGAAUCUCUAUAGAGCAGAGAACUGGCAGAUUAGUUAA